AUGGCGUAUGCAAGUGAUGAGAGUAUGUUCGAGUAUCUAAAUGUUGUCAGCAAGAUGUUUGAUAGUGAGGCUGAAGGCUAUGAAUUCUACAACAAAUAUGCUCUUGAAAAAGGUUUUAGUGUGAGGAAAAGCUACGUUGAGUGGGAUGGAUCCAACAAAUACAUAAUUUUAAGGAAAAUUGUGUGUAGUCGUCAAGGGUUUCGCGAAGAGAAGCACAUGAAAAGAAAGAUGGAAGAUAGAAAGAGGAGGCCACGAAGUUUAACUCGUGUUGGGUGUAAUGCUAAAUUGGUCAUUACGAGACAGGAGGAAACCGGUCGGUGGUUUUUCAAGGAUUUCAUCGAUGAGCACAGCCAUCCUCUAGCCCCACGGGAUCUUUCUUGUCUGCUGCGUUCGCACAGACGAAUUAGCGAUGAGCAGAAAGCGGACAUUGCGGACAUGGAAAAAUGUGGGAUCCGCAAAUACCGUAUUAUGGAUAUUUUGUGCUUUCAAUACGGUGGAUUUGAUAAGGUUGGAUGCAUAAAGAGGGACAUUUAUAAUUUCUGCCAUGCUAAUAAGCAGGAGACAAUCAGUGCCGGUGAUGCUAAUACGGUGAUCAUGCACAUGAUGGCGAGGCGAGAGCGAGAUGUGGAUUUUUUCUUCAAGUACUUGGUAGACGAGCAUGGCCAUCUGAAGGGACUGUUCUGGGCUGAUAGUCAAUCGCGACUUGACUACGAGGCUUUCGGAGACGUCAUUGUUUUCGAUAGCACAUACAGAACCAACAAAUACAAUCUGCCAUUCGUGUCGUUUGUCGGGUUGAAUCACCACCGGAGCACUGUCAUUUUUGGCUGUGGUAUAAUUUCUCAUGAAACAAGCCAGGCAUACGAGUGGAUGUUGCGGACCUUUUCUGAUUGCAUGGCACAUAAGCAUCCGAUAUCUGUGAUCACAGAUGGGGACCUUGCAAUGCAGAGAGCAAUCAGGGUGGUCUGGCCAGACUCAAACCAUAGACUAUGUAUAUGGCACAUUCAGCAGAACAUUGUACGCCAUCUGCAUGAUGACGACGUAAAGGAGGAAUUCAGAUCUUUCAUUUAUGAUACUUCUUCCAUUGAAGAGCAUGAGAUAGAAUGGAUAUACUUCUUACAACGGAAUAAAGUAACCAGUGAGGAGUCUUGA